CCGCCCUCCCUUCCUUCCAUCUCUUUAGAAGUAAAUGGGGGAGAGAUUCAAACUAGGUAUUGCACAGCAGAGAAAGAAAGUGGGAUCCUGCCUUCCCCUCUCCGGUUGGUCUGUUCUAAGAAGCCAAGGAGGAUUCCAGGGGCGUAGGUGCAAGGAAACUCGCUCGCGAUGCCUGGCCGUUCCAUGGCCUCGUUCAGUGGUGUGGAUGCAUGUCUUUCGUCUCUGAAAAAUUGCCAGUCCUACAUAAGCACUGGAAUGGACAUUGCUACAAACGUUGCUCUUGACCUUGUGGAACAUCAAAAUGAUACAAAAGAGGUUAAUGAAAUGGAAAGAGUGAUGUUGGAAUAUGCUGCAGUGAGCAGAGAAGUGAACCAUUAUAUGCAAGCAGUGGAAGAUACCGUAAAUCAGAUAAAGCGAGACAAACCAGAGACAGUCCCAGAUUUAAAAAAUGUAGUUGAAGAGAAGUUUAAAGCCCUGGAAAGCACAAACAGUGACCUUGAUUUGCGAAGGAAUGAGAAAUUUGUCCUUUUUAAGGAGCAACUCAAGCAAAUGAAGACUCAGUUUGGUGCCAAGCUGGAUGCAGAAGAGAGCACGUCCCUUGAACAGGUCGAUGAAGAUAUUGCAGUGACACAAAGUCAGAUGAACUUUGUGUGCCCCAUCACACAGGUGGAAAUGAAGAAACCAGUCAAGAAUAAAAUCUGUGGUCACACUUAUGAAGAAGAUGCCAUCCUGGAACUUCUCCGGAACAAAGAACAGCGUAAGAAGAAAGCCUGUUGCCCCAAAAUUGGCUGCAACAACCUCGAGCUCAAGAGAUCAGACCUGGAGCCCGAUGAAGUCCUUAAAAGAGUAAUUGACAGUCAGAAUAAACAGAGCCGGUCAACACAGUAGAACUCAGCUGGCGGCUCCAGUGGUUGUUACGACAAAGAAAAUGUGGUGUUAGAAGAGGUUGCCUGAGAUAAGUCGCUGCUUGUCAUGUGGUUGUGUAACAGAUUGUUAUUUCAAGUAUUCCAAUUGCAGGCAAAGUUGAAGGCCUGACCUGUACCUGAAAGCAUUUUCGUUGCUCUUUGGAGAGUGCCAAGUGUAAAAUGCUGCCAUUCAACAUGGUUUGUUUGUUUUUAAAAAUUGUUCAUCCUCCAUUUUUACGUCUUGCAUUCUGUAAAUAAAGAAUGUGAAGGCU